GAGCCGUGAGCCGGGGCCGACAGAACAGGACCGACAAAGCGUCAGAGGAGUCCCGCUGCACAGAAGCGAGUCUGAGGUUCGGCCGCAGCACCGCGCGAGAUGAUUCGCACCAGGGCCGGUUUAAGACCCGCCGGCCCGCUCCCGGACCCACUCCGCCCAAGGGCCUGGAUGGCUGCGGCCGAUCGGAGGGACCCGCCGCAGGUACAAGCAGUAAGUCCAAUACAUUCUCAGCAGUAGACUUUCUUCUGGACCUGCCUAUGAUGUCAGAGCCACAUGUACCAUCCUGAUCCUGUGUUUUAUUCACUGCUGUGAGAACCACAGUGCCCAGAGGACCCCGAGCCAACAAAGGCACGUGAGCGUGGAACCAAUGAAGGUCCAGGAGAGGGCCAUUUCUGUGUGUACCAUCGUGUUGGGACAGGACUUCCCGCAUCCUCCUAGUGGCGAUCUGUUUCCUACUCAGAGGUUCCAGAACGCUGGGUCGGUUCCAAGGUGACCCAGACUGAGAAGGAGACGUGAGCAAGAAAAGUCACUGUGCCUGCUUCACAGAGACAGAUCUGAAGCACUAGGCUGCUGCACCUCGGAGUCCAAUGGCGGCGGUGACACUGAGGGACACGCAUCAGGGAAGUGUGACCUUUGAAGAUGUGGUUGUGUACUUCUCCUGGGAGGAGUGGGGUCUCCUGGAUGAGAAUCAGAGAUGCCUGUACCACGAUGUGAUGCUGGAGAACUUUGCGCUCGUGACCUCACUGGGUUGUUGGUAUGGAAUGGAGGAGGCAGUGGCAUUUUCUGUGGAGAGUGUUCCUGUAGAACAAACAUCACGGGGCAAGACUGUAGUUCCAUACCCAUCCAUUGAGAAGACACAGCCCUGUGAGGGGUGUGUCAGGGCCAGGAGAGACGGUCUACAGCUGCCUGAGCACCAAGGCCUGCAUCUUGAGCAAAACUCACAGCCCUGUGAGGAGUAUGAGAAGCAACCAAGGUUUAGCCCUGGCUUCCACCCAGAGCCCAGCAACGAGAAGCCAUCCAGAAGGGACACAGACAAGGCACGUGUGAGAAGUUACAGAUUUCAUGUAUCAGCAAAGCCCUUCACUUGUGAGGAAGUGGGCAAGGAUUUCCUGGCUAUGCUGAACCUCCUCCAGCAUCAGGCCACACUCAAAGGGACAAAGCCACAGAGCAGCUUUCAGUGUGCAGAGCCCUUUUUUGAUGGAAAAAGUCAGUACAAGUGCAGUGAGCAUGAGAAACUGUUUAGCUGUGAAUACACACUUUUUCAGGAUCAGCAGAUUCUCGCUAGAAAAAACUACCAGGACUGUGAUGACUGCGAGAAACCUUUUAACCAAAGUUCCCUCCUUAUCAAUUGCCAGAGACCUGAUAACACAGGAGCAAGGCCUUACGAGUGCAGCGAAUGUGGGAAGUCCUUUAGCCAAAGCUACAGACUCAUUCAGCACCACAGAAGUCACACUGCAGCACGGCCUUAUAAGUGCAAUGAAUGUGGGAAAGCCUUUAGCUACAAAUUAAGACUUGUGCAGCACCUACAGAUUCACAGUAAAGUGAGGCCUUAUGAGUGUGGCGAGUGUGGGAAAUCCUUCAGCUACAGCUCUACUCUCAUUAAACACCAGAGAGUUCACACUGGAGCCAGGCCUUAUAAGUGUGGUGAGUGCGGGAAUUCCUUUAGCCAAAGCUCCAAUCUCAUUCAACACCAGAAGAUCCACAGUGGGGCAAGGCCUUAUAAAUGCACUGAAUGUGGAAAAUCCUUCAGCUACAAAUGCAAACUUGUGCAGCACCUGCGCAUUCACACUGGAGAGAGGCCUUAUGAAUGUGGGGAAUGUGGGAAAUCCUUUAGCCACAGCUCCACCCUCAAUCAACACCAGAGAAUUCACACUGGAGCCAGACCUUACAAGUGUGAUGAAUGUGAGAAAUCCUUCAGCCAAAAGUCCAAUCUCAUUCAGCACCGGAGAGUUCACACAGGAGAAAAGCCUUAUGAAUGUGGGGAAUGUGGGAAAUCCUUCAGUCAAAGCUCCCACAUCAUUCAACACAGAAAACUGCACACCAGAUAACCUCACGAAUGCAAUGACUGUGAGAACACCAGUCACAGCCAAUGUCUAUAUUCAACUAGAAAAUUAUGCAGCAGAUUUGGGGAAACCAUCUUAAAGGUCUAAGCCCAACAGGGAACAUGGGUUUCUUUGUGAAGGGGCCAUCUCUUAGAAGUUGAGCAUUAUACAGCUGAACAGACACAGCAAAAACAUUCCUUUUGAGUUUGUAGGUUGGUGGGAAGCUUUUAGGAGCCUUUCUGCAUAUUUCACUGCUGGCUCUGUUUCCUCAGUUACAUCCCUUCUGGUUUCUGUGGCAGAAGCCUCACCCCUACCAGCCAGUAGUUUCCAGGUUCCAACACUUUGUAUCAGUCCUGGCAGUUUGAUCAGGAGAGGGAGAUGUCUCAUCUCUGUCCCAUUCUUUACAGAACAGUAUGAAUAAUUUUCAGGGUUACCUCAUAUUCCUUCCCCUCUGACAAAUUAGGGCUCAAUCCAAUUUUAGUAAAGUGUGGGUAACAUUGGCAGCAGUAGGCUUACCACCUUCCACUAGAGGUCCAGCUUGCAUAGCUGCCAAAAGUCUCCUAGGAAAGAAGGCUUUAGUAAAGGGUCCUAAUUUAUGGCCUGGAUGCAAGGAAUUUGGUGGACCCAGAGGUCACCUGUAAGAAGCACCUCUGGUGCUUCUGUGAGAAGCAUAGAAAUCAGUUCCCUUUUCCCCAGUAUUAACAUAAUCCUGAGCACUGUUGUGGAGAAGCUCCAGGUACUGCAAAAAUCAUGUGCCUUCAGGUCUCAAGCUGGGUUUUUUGGUGUUACUGAACGGUUUCAAGGGUGAAGCCAGAAACUUCACACGGAAAUGCUGGAUGUGGUUAUAUGCACUGGAGGAGGCUGUGGCAAUGAAAGGAAGUGCCUGUUGUAAAGGCACCUCCGCAAAUGUCCCAGUGGCUAUGAUGUGUUAGAUGAGUGUGUACACUCCCAUUAUGUGUUCUUCCUUUAAUUGAGGUCAGUGUCAGAGCAAAUAAAGCUUUGCUUAUUCUCUUAACCUCUGGACUCUUCACCCUGAGCCUCAUGCUGCACAGACAGUGACAGACGGGGGUGAAGCAAGAUGCUGGAGCCCAGGGAUAUAGCUUUUGUGACCAGUUUCCUGCUGACUCAAAAACAGUCUUUACCAGUAUAUUUUUUCCCUGAUGGAGGGCCUGCCAGGGAAAGACAGGUUUCUAAGGCUCUGGUUAUGAAAAAAAAAACUAGGAAAAUUUCUAUGUAAAACAAAUUUCUACAAAGUUUUAUUGAAAUAUAAUUGAUUAAAAUUGUACAAUAUGAUACUAUUUACUUGUACACCCAUAAAACUAUUAAAAAACAUAUCUACAACAAAUAGUUUAUUGUUCCCCCUUUUUUUUUUUUUUUAAGCCACACUGCAUAGCUUCUGGGAUAUCUCAACUCAACCAGAGGUUGAUCUGGGGCUGUGGCAGUGAAGCCCAGGAUUCUAGCCUCUAAGCUACCAGGAUACUCACUUGUACCCUUUUAAAAACUCUCCCUCUGUC